UUUGAGUAGCAUGAAGCUGCAGCGUCGGAGACGACACUUGUAGAACCACACACACAGGUCCCGCGUCACGAGCACACACACAGGUCCCGCGUCACGGCGGCACGUGACGGAGCACGUUCACAUGAAUGUGAACGUCAACGCAGAGAAUAUGCAUAUUACAAUCCGAGAGGGGAGAUCCUUGCCGGACCUUCAACGGUGCACGACGUGUUGCAAUGACUUCCACUGCCCGUUCUGUGUCUCUCGUUUAUUCUCUCCAACAAAACACUGCAAGGUGAAAAGCCAUCUCGAGAGCCACUUCCAGCGUGCAGUUCUCCAUGAAGGGUAUACCAUUCACAGAUGUGGAUUAAAUUGCCGACCAGACUAUCAUUUUCACUGCUGCUACUGCCAAUCCAUGCAUACUCGCAAAUCUGGCUUUGUAAAGCACCUCGCUUUGUGCAAGGCAAAGCACUCUGCCAUAACCCCCAUCAUCCCAGAUCCAGCAAUCCCCAUCAUCUGCACAUCAUGUACAAAUCAUGUGACGGAGAAGACUUGGGGUUUAUCUAUCAGUCAUUACACUCUGUCCAUUGUUACAAACGCCGGGUUUCAAUUCCAGGAGAGGGACAUGCCUUUGAUUAGGAAGUGGUGGUGUCUUCUUCUCAUGGAGCUGUUUGAAAUACAAGGGCAUGGCCAAAGGUUUGCCUUUUGGACUCUGGAGGCCAGAAGCUUGCUGGAGGGAACCCUUCAGCCAAUAUUCAGAGUGCCACGACCAGAGAGGGAACAGCAGACCCCGCCUCACCCCCAGUGAAGAAUCAGCAGACCCCGCAAUAAAAAU